UUAAUAAAAACUGUUUCAAUUUAUUUUCAGACCAAAACGAACGCAGAUGGAUUGAAUAUUCUAUACAUACAUGACGUUACAUAUGAUCAAUGUGGAGAAAUACAAUGCAUAGCCACAGUUUCUAACCAAACAUCAACUACUACAGCGUCCGGCAUGUUAACUGUAUCGCCAGCACCAUUUAGUAAACGAACAUUUAAAAUAAUGGGAGAGAAACAGCACCCUCAUUUUUCGAACUCGUUGAAAAAUUGUAGGGUGUUUACGGGAAGUACAUUGGCAUUUGAAGUAAAAUUUCAGGGAUAUCCCGAACCUCAAGUAAUAUGGAUGCGUACGGGUCGCCCUAUCGAGGAUAUUAAUGCAGCAAUUGCCACAAAGCCUGGAUGUUCAAUCCUUACCAUUAACGGUAUUAAUGCAAACCAAAGCGGAAAAUAUGCAGCAUUCAUAAUCAACAAUUAUGGAAGUGAAACUACAUCAGCAUCUGUGACUGUUGAGGGUCCUCCAGACCCACCAAGUGGAAAACCAAGCGUAGCACUUGAUUCCCAAGGAGUUACAGUGACCUGGUGUGGCCCUCCUUAUGAUGGCGGAUGCAUGAUAUCUGGAUUUCUAUUAGAAAUUCAGUAUAUGGACGGUGAAUGGCACGUACUUGCUAUUGUGUUUGAUACUUUAUCUUAUUUCGUGAAAAAUUUGACACCGAAUAAAGCCUACAAGUUUCGAAUACGAGCAAAAAAUAUUUAUGGAUAUAGUGAGCCUGGCUUAUCUAGCGAUGCCAUUUUAAUUUCGUUGUUAAAUUCCGAAAAAGACGAACAACUGAAUUGGACGGAGUGUGAGAUUGGAGAAGGAGAGGUGUUUUCUUCUGUUUAUGAAUCAUUAGAAGAACUUGGUCGAGGAAGAUUUGGAGUAGUACACAAGGUGCGCCACCGACAAACUGGAGAUUUACGUGCAGCUAAAAUUGUGAAAUGUAUCAAAACUUCCGAUAGAAAGAAAGUGCAAGAAGAAAUAUCCAUUAUGAAAUCUUUGCAACAUCCAAAGUUACUGCAGUUGAUACAAUGUUUCGAAGCAUCUCGCGACAUCACAAUGGUAGUCGAAUACAUAAGUGGUGGAGAACUCUUCGAAAGGGUUGUAGCGGAUGACUUCACACUGACCGAGAAAGAUUGCAUUAUGUUUAUGCGCCAAAUCUGUGAGGGCGUUUGCUAUAUGCAUAACCUUUCAAUCGUUCAUUUGGAUUUGAAACCUGAAAAUAUUAUGUGUAGUACCCGUAAUAGCCAUCAGGUGAAAAUUAUUGACUUUGGAUUAGCUCAACAAUUAGCGCAAAACAAAUCUGUUCGAGUAUUGCUCGGGACACCAGAAUUCGUUCCUCCCGAAAUUAUCAACUAUGAACCUAUAGGCUUGCAGUCUGAUAUGUGGAGUAUUGGAGUCAUCUGUUACGUUUUGCUAUCCGGACUUUCACCAUUUAUGGGAGAAACUGACGUAGAUACAUUCAACAACAUAACUCGAGCCGAAUAUGAUUUUGAUGAUGAUGCUUUUGACAUCGUUUCCGAAGAAGCUAAAGACUUUAUAUCUGGAUUACUACUGUAUCGGAAGGAAGAAAGACUAUCAGCCGGCCAAUGCAUACAAACUAAAUGGCUGUCAUUGGAUUCUUCUGCUUUAGGAAAUUCAAAAAUAUGUACCCAUAAAUUGAAAAAGUUUAUUGUCAGAAGAAAGUGGCAGAAAACCGGAAAUGCUAUACGUGCAUUGGGUCGCAUGGCCUCACUGUCUGCUUCAAGAAGGAAUUCAUCCACUUUAGCAAACACUGGAAUCAAGGCAAAUAUCUGGAGUUUUGAAGGCACACCAUGAAGAAGUUUGAUGAUUUUUUUUUCCAAAGUAUGAUAACAAAGUGUCUUCCACGAUUCGUCAAACGAGCGCAAACAUGUUUAAUUUAAUUAUUGUAUUUUUCGCCACAAACGUAUUAUUUUGUGAUUUUCUGUUUAAGAUUCAGGCAACAUGUUUUAUUGGUUCAUAGUUAGGUAAUAGGUUGCUGACGUUAUUGUAGUUAAAUUUGGCUAAAUCAAACAUAAAGUCUCUCGGGCACUCCACGGAUUGUUGCAUGUUGAACUUUAUUUUAGUUCUUUUUUUUUAAAUCAAACUCGGCUAAAAUGAAAAAAAAAAUGCAUAUGUGAAUGAAGAUUUUUUUUCUCCAUCGACAAGUUAUUAUAAGCUAUAGCCAACUUACUAACAAAUCCAUUAAAAUUUAGUUAAAUUGUGUUAAGUUCGGCACUUCGAAAAAUAAAGGAUCAUAUUACCUGGA